UGUUUCGUUUUUGUUUUCGGUUCUUUGAGUUAAUGUUUGAAACUUUUCGUUUACGCUGCCUUUGUGUUUUUCUUUAAAACAUUUUCCCGUCGCCUGAACGGUGUGUGCUGGAAUCGAUGGACGUUCGGUGACAAUGCGCGGUUUAAACCUAGUAGGAAAAUAAUUUUACUAACUGAUUGGUUUCCAACUAUUUCUCGAUUGAGUGUGAAUUUCGAAUAACGGACGUCAGAAACGUGAUAUAUACGAAUAAUACGCUUAUAUUUCCAUACCAUUUCGGUAAAGUGACCCUCGAAGGUGUAUUAUUUCGAAAACCGGUAGUUUGAUGUGUAUCGUGAGUUACGUAAACUUUCCAUGCAGUGAUAAAAAGCAGAAGAAGCUAUAUAAUAUGCAAUCGAGGAUGCGGAGAAUAGUGCAAAUGUAAUUUAAAAUAAGAAGCGCGCAGAAUAUACCAACCGCCGACUAAAAAUAGCAAUAUUUAUGACUUUUGUUUGAAGCUUAUUUAUUAUUGUAGCAAAGAAUUUCUUCAUUUGAAUUGCAGAGCCCUGGCAAAGGUACGUCACGAGUUAAGAAGAAAGGCACCGGCUUAAUCAACGGAAACGGGACUUAUUGCGCCAGUCAACAUUGUCUUUUCCAGCUUAAUACAAAGACGCAUACACCCCCCCAAUCAAUCAACCAACUAAACACGAGAAGCUAAGCGAAUAUCAACAGUAUUACUAUCGUAUAAGACUAAACCAAGGAAGAAGCAGUUGUAACCUGACGUAGAAAUCCAAUAAAUUUUAAAUCGCUGCAUAGGAGCAGAUUUUUAGCAAUCGCGCACCUGUGAAUCUAAUCGAAACGGAAAAGAGACUAUACAUAUACAUAUACGCUCGAUCUGCACUUUUUACAAGUGCCAAAGAACCUGAUAAGUUCUUUUACUAUUAGUAGUAGUACAUCUAUCCGAACCCGAGUGGCACCCCGGUAGGCAGGCACCGGACCGGCAUGAUGACGAACGGAAUCGCGGAUAACCAGCAAAACGGAGGUGGCGGCCAGGAAGAUUCAAAGACCAAUCUUAUCGUCAAUUAUCUGCCACAGCAAAUGACCCAGGAGGAAAUCCGGUCGCUUUUCUCCAGCAUCGGUGAGGUCGAGAGCUGCAAACUGAUUAGGGACAAAGUUACGGGUCAAAGUUUGGGCUAUGGCUUCGUCAACUACCAACGAGCGGAAGAUGCGAGCAAAGCGAUCAAUACACUUAACGGCCUAAGAUUGCAAAAUAAGCAAAUUAAGGUAUCAUUUGCACGACCAAGUUCCGAAGCAAUAAAGGGGGCAAAUCUGUAUGUGUCCGGAUUACCAAAAAAUAUGCUGCAAGCGGAUCUGGAAUCGUUAUUCAGCCCGUACGGACGGAUAAUCACCUCCCGCAUACUGUGUGACAAUAUUACCGCACGCCAGUAUGGUUCAGCUUCUGGAGAAACUUCACCCGGUCUUUCCAAAGGGGUUGGUUUUAUUCGCUUUGAUCAGCGCAUGGAAGCCGAAAAGGCAAUCAAAGAACUAAACGGAACGAUACCAAAAGGCUCGACCGAACCGAUCACGGUAAAGUUCGCCAAUAAUCCCAGCAACACCAAAACCGUCCCCCCGUUGGCUGCAUACCUCGGACCGCAAGCUGCACGUCGCUUUCCCGGACCAAUUCAUCAUCCAACGGGACGAUUCAGUGCUAUUCCCAAUUACAGAUAUUCGCCAUUGGCCGGCGAUUUACUAGCGAACACGAUGAUUCCAACCAAUGCCAUUGCCAACGGAUCCGGAUGGUGCAUUUUCGUGUAUAAUCUGGCCCCGGAAACGGAGGAGAAUGUAUUGUGGCAGCUGUUUGGUCCAUUCGGAGCGGUACAAUCAGUAAAAGUCAUCAAGGAUUUGCAAACCAACAAAUGUAAGGGAUUCGGUUUCGUCACUAUGACUAACUACGACGAAGCGGUUGUUGCCAUUCAGUCGUUGAAUGGCUACACUCUCGGUAACCGGGUGCUACAGGUCAGCUUUAAGACCAACAAGUCCAAGAACGCGUAAGAUGCUAGUCAACAGUCGGCAACUGUCAAGCGAUGAGCAGUUUCGACACUUCUUUUUAGUUCGUUGUAGAUAUAUGUAAUUGAAGAGUGUUUCGAUUUUAAUUUUCUUUUUUAAACCAAACGACACUAAGUUAACUGAAACAAAAUGUCAGUAUUCGUACUUGAUGUGAACUGGAAAGGGUUUUCCGGUUUUUUUUUUAAAGAUUUGAAGCGAAAGUGAAUGUUUUAGGAAGAAAGUCAGAUCAAGUGAAAAUCCUCCAGAGAAGCUGAGAUAAUUGUGACCCAACCAACAGUGGCCAAUGAAUGUGUGAUUGCUGUACUGUGCAAUAAUAAUUCCAUGAUUUUUAAAUGAAACUGGUUCGAAGCUAGCGAGCGUUGGAGUAGAACAAAUUAUGUUUUGCGAUGAGGGUUCAUUUCCAAUGGCAAAAUUUUCGCGUUUUGAAUCAGUAGAACAGAUCGGUAUGCGUAAGUGUUUAGAAAGUUUGUAGUUUAUACAUACAGUUUACAAAACAGAGCUUAGGAAACUAGGAACAACUGCGGAAAGCGGGAAAACGGAGAUAACCAUUUAUUGAACCAUACGAUUUAUUCUUGUGUUUGUUUCUGAAAUCUUAUUUGUUGGCUUUUGGUUGGUUUUUUUACUUUGAUAUGAUGUUAUAGGAUAAUUUCAUUUAGUAGUAUUUUGCUGCAUCAAUUGGAGGAUUAUUCCAAUUGACUAUUUUAUUAUACCUGCGAAUUCAAUUUCGCGUAAAUUUUGGUUUCUAUGCAUUUGGUUCAGUAAUUACAUUUGAGUUAUUGUAUUUGUUUGAUUGUUAUAAUAAAACAAUGUAAAUGCCGAGUAUAUACGACAAGGACAAACAUUGGUUCAGUUUGAGCCACGGUACGAACGAAACCGAUUGAUUUCGAUUCUAGUCUUUUAUAUUAUAGUUCUAUGCAAUAAAUCAGUUCUAUUUAUCCGUUCUUAUUUACUGUACCUAUCAUAGAGAAUCUAUCUAUUACAAUUUAAAUGUGUAGUCGUUAAAAUGAGUCGUUUUUUGCUUUCUUCGUUUUUUAUGUAAAAUUUUAAUCAACACCUGAACCUUAUGAAACU